AUGGAGGAUCCGUCAGGACGCAUACUCAUGCAAAUUCGAGAUCGUUCCCUCUCGCCACCACCAGAUUACAGACGCGACUUUAAUCAUGGCAUCAGUGGCGCUGCCCUGUCUAAGGCCCACACAGCCAACCCUGGCCAUGCCUUAUUUCAUCCUAUGCGACUGAAUUUGGAGCCAAACUGGUCUGUAACAGAUCUCCUUUAUUAUGUCCGCGAUCAGAAGGCUCAGACUGCUCGCUACGACUCUGUCGAGCUUCGAGAUAUUGUCGAAAAAAGCACGGAGUGGGCCUCGGGCACCCAGUUCGGUUACAUCUAUCAACAUCAGAACAUCGACAAUAACAUCAACCUCUCACUCGGGACGGCGAAGUCUGGAAUGGGGGGCGAGAAUGAAUUUGACCUGUUGGACACGCUAUGGAUUAUCUCGAUCCCCGAGAAGUAG